CGCUCUCGGGCCAAUUCGGUUGGUCGAUAAACCCCACUCCCGUCUGUACCUCCGCGAAUAGGUCAUCGCACGGAAGUCGGUCGAUCCCGCUGCCACCAGAUAGGUCGAUUAAACGUCGGGGACGAUUCGCACGCGCUCGCCUGCCCCUCAUACUCGACUCAACAUUCCAAGGCCCGUCUCUCUGCGACACUGCUCCCUGGUUCUGCCCGUCUGCGCCAGAAGUCCUCUAGUCCACGCACGGCAAGCAACCGAGCAAAAAGACCUCAUCAUGUACGCCUGCAGCCGAUUCAUCGCGCCUGUCGCCAAGUCCAGCCUGGUCUCCGGCACCAAGACCUAUCUGCGGCCGCUGAGCAGUGCCGUGAUCAGCCACAGCCAGUACUUACAGCAGAAUCAAGUUCAGACACCCGUCAGUUUGUCACCAAUCGUGCGUAGCUUCCAAACUUCGACAGUCAGUCGUGACAUCGAUUCCGCUGCGAAGUUUAUUGGUGCUGGUGCUGCCACUGUGGGUGUAGCAGGAUCUGGUGCUGGUAUUGGAUCCGUAUUCGGUUCGCUGAUCAUCGGCUACGCCAGGAAUCCUUCCCUGAAGCAGCAACUAUUCUCGUACGCCAUCCUGGGCUUCGCCCUGUCCGAGGCUAUGGGUCUCUUCUGUCUUAUGAUGGCUUUCCUGCUCCUGUUCGCCUUCUAAGCCAUCAUCGAUAUCCGCAUAAGAAAUUGCUGAUAUAGUUUUAGUGCGUCACUGCCAAGGCAGCGUCGUCUGGCUCGAUGGGGAAAGGCGGCGGCUGCCUCUGGUGCGCGGGAUGCCAUGAAAUCAUUAGAGAAGCUCAGAUUUUCGUGGUUCGGUGGGGUCGCGACGGCGCGGCAAUGAACAAGAGUUAACAAUUAAGAGCUAUUACACAUGUAAUUCCAUGUCAUCGUCCGCGGAUCGUCUCGGCCCCCUUCCAAGUCUUCAGCUUGUUUGUAAUCAUUUCAUGGCCUACUGUCUCAUGUAGCGUAUAAACUCACAUUGUUAUAAAAAUAAUGGAAAUUUCGGUGUAACGAAAAGAAAACGAAUAAGACAUUAUUGAAAGUUAAAAGAAAAGAAACAAAAUAGCGACAGCCUCAUCCGCAUACGCACGUAGGUAUUCACACUCCGUUAUAAUAUUCUACGCGAGCUAGAGUACACUUUUCGAAAAAAAAAAAAAUCCUCUUGUCACCUUAAAGGGUUCAUCAUUGUUCUGCCGUCGCGUACGCACGUUGUUAAGGUAACUCUUGACGAUAAAACAAAAAAAAAACUGUACAGUGAUACCGAAUAAACAUCUUUGUCGUGAAAUGGA